AUGCAAAAACUGAAAGCACACCAAAGACUCCACAGUGGCGACACAUUCAAUUGCCAGGCGGAAGGCUGCACGAAAUUCUUUACAACGCUAAGCGACCUCAAGAAACAUGUUCGCACACACACACAGGAGAGACCGUACAAAUGCAGAACGGACGGCUGCAGCAAGUCGUUCACCGCGUCGCACCACCUGAAGGCGCACGCGCGGACGCAUUCCGGCACGCGGCCGAACUCCGCCUCGGGGCCCGUCGCACCGAAGCCCCACACGCACCAGGUCGAAGCCAAAUCGCCAAUAGCGGGGGCCGUCGAGAGCUCAGAAGCGUCAAAGUCUACGAACGGCUCCAUGAACUGGGAGGGGUUCUUAGAAUCCUUCGGCAGGAUCACCACCGAGUCGAACUCGACCGACGGCAGUCUAGAGGACAUCGCCAUUGUGAACCCGCUGCCCAACAACGGCGUAGACAUAACCGAGUUGCUGUUCGACAACGCCACGGAACCCGUCAAGUUCGACUCGCUCCCGUCGGCCGCUCCGCUGUCCGAAUACGAUCUGAACGAGCUGCACGCCACAUUGUCCGACCUGACCACGAAGCCGGACAGCUGGGCUGACGUGGGCUUGCAGACAAUUACACAGAGCACGCUAAGCCCCGCGCCGGACCCUAAGAUCGAGGUCAAGUCGAGCGCAAUGGAGCUCGCCCUCGCGAGCGAGGUGGAGGUCCAGUCGCCGUGGGUGGACGUGAGCGCGCUGGCCGCUCCAUACGGGACGCCCCCGUCAGCA